UUGGCGUUGGCCAAACAGAGGCCGAGGGCGGUCCUAGUGGGCCGGGGACUGAGACCACCUUACAGCCAAGCGCUCCCCGCCCUCCUCAUCGGGAGAGAUAAAUGCUGACUCCGGGGGCUGGCCAAGUUUCCAGCUGCAAAGUUUGUUUCCCGGGCUCCGGUGGACGGAGGAAGAAGCGUUGGGGAGCCCUCCCGCGCCAGGUUUUGGCGCCUCGCUUUCCAGCUCCUUAUUUCUCGCCUUGUGCCAGACCAAGGGUUUUGGGGUGCUAGGCUUCUGCAUCAUCCCCCAGCAUAGAAACAAGCUGCUCUUGGCCUCCCAGAAAAGAGAAAUCAACCACCACGAUGUGGAAGAUACCGGUGUUGCUCUUAGUUUUGGGAAGCGCAUCUUUCUGGAUCGCUGCCGACGGAGCCAGCACAGCCCGACCGGAGGAUGACAUUGUGACAACAGGUAUGGAAGAUGGCAUGAAGACUGCAGGUGCAGAAGAUAACAUUGUGACUACAGGGGCCUAUGAAUCAUCUAGUGUGAGCACUCUGGUAACAACAAGUACAGCAGUAGUAACAGACAUACCCAUAGAAGAUCAGCCAACCACAGAAGGUACAACCCAUGAUCAUGAAGGAAGCCAGAGCACCACAACCCUGACUGUGCCAACUAGUCAGUCCACAGAUAAAGGGGAUGAUACAGAUGUAAUCAUUGAAAAAGAUGGCUUGGCAACAGUGACCCUGAUUGGAAUUAUAGUUGGUGUCUUACUAGCCAUUGGAUUUAUUGGUGGAAUCAUCUUUGUGGUUGUACGAAAAAUGUCAGGAAGAUACUCGUAA